GCAGUAUAUGCACAAAUCAACUGAAACGGCUCACAUCUCCCCAUAUUCAGAACGUAAACAACGUUAACUGUCAAAAUCAGCUGUUCAUUGUGGAUACAAAACGAGCGAGCGGCUGAUAGAUAUAACAAAUUGUGUAAUUUCUCCCGAAAUUUCAGAACUGCAGAGCAACUUAAAAUUUCCUCAAAAUGAUGCGAUACGAAGAAAACGAAGAGCUGGGGGAUAAAACUGCCUGUGGGCGGGUACGAGCGGAUCUGAAAAUGUGUCUGCUUGAGAGUGAUUGUUGCAGGAAGGAGCAUAAACUGCCCCGCGAUUGUCUCAACCGAACCGACGCCUCCGUUCCGGAUGAAUGCCGUGCCCUGCGAACGACGUUUUUCGAGUGCAAGCGGUCGCUGUUGGACAAUCGACAGCGUUUUCGGGGACGAAAGGGCUAUUGAAAACAUGUCAGUAAAUUGUUCGUACAACAUGGAGGAGGAAAAUUAUUAGGGUAGCUUUAUAAAUAAACACUGUCGUUUACGUUAAAA